UUCCGGUGGUUGUGUUUGGUGUGGCUCGGCUCGGCUCGGCUCAGAACAGACCAGCAGUGUAUCAGCUGUGGAGAACCCGUGUGUGUGAGUGUGUGUGUGUGUGACCGCGGAGGAAAGAUGGCGGCCCCUGCUCUCUCCAGUCGGGCUGGCUCGGCGGGCAGCCUCGGGAACAGCCCCACCAUGGCCGCCGGGAGGCUCCCGCACAGCGGCGGCGGCGGCGGCGGAGGAGGAGGAGGCGUCGGGCCCGAGCUGGACUUCAGGUCGGCGGCCCGCAUGGAGGACCUGAACCGGCUCAUCCAGGAGUUCAGUAAGCACGACCAGCGGGAGUACGACGACCAGCGGGCUCUGGAGAUCCACACGGCCAAGGACUUCAUCUUCUCCAUGCUGGGAAUGGUUCAAAAGUUGGACCAGAAGCUCCCGGUGGCCAACGAGUACCUCCUCCUGUCAGGAGGCGUUCGGGAGGGUGUGGUGGACAUGGACCUGGAUGAGCUAAGCGUCUACGCCCGUGGCACAGAUUACGACAUGGACUUCACCCUGCUGGUCCCAGCGCUGAAACUUCAUGACCGCAACCAGCCGGUGACCCUGGACAUGAGGCACUCGGCUCUGGGCCAUUCCUGGCUCAGCCUCCGCCUCUUUGACGAAGGAACCAUCAACAAGUGGAAGGACUGCUGCACCAUUGUCGACCAUAUCAACGGGACCACCAACUACUUCUUCUCUCCAACACUGGUGGCUGACUGGUUCUACCAGUCCAUCUCCCUGGUGCUGCUGGAGGUGCAGAAGAAGCCUCAGAGAGGGAUGCCGAGAGUGGAGAAGGUGGAGAGGAAUGGCACCAUCAUCUCCGUCAUCCUGGGCGUCGGGAGCAGCCGGAUGCUCUACGACAUCGUCCCCGUGGUGUCGUUCAAAGGUUGGCCGGCCGUUGCUCAGAGCUGGCUGAUGGAGAAUCACUUCUGGGAUGGGAAGAUCACGGAGGAGGAGGUGAUCAGCGGCUUCUACCUCGUCCCUGCCUGCUCCUACAAAGGCCGCAAGGAGAACGAGUGGCGCCUGUCGUUCGCUCGCAGCGAGGUGCAGCUGAAGAAGUGCAUCUCGUCCAGCCUGAUGCAGGCGUAUCAGGCCUGUAAAGCCAUCAUCAUCAAGCUGCUGUCUCGCCCCAAAGCCAUCAGCCCCUACCACCUCCGCAGCAUCAUGCUGUGGGCCUGCGACCGUCUCCCUGCCAACUACCUGGGCCAGGAUGACUUCUCCGCCCACUUCCUGUUGGGCCUGAUUGACGACUUGCAGCACUGCCUCGUCAACAAGAUGUGUCCUAAUUACUUUAUUCCCCAGUGCAAUAUGUUGGAGCACCUGUCGGACGAAACGGCCAUGCUGCACGCCCGCAAACUCUGCUCGGUGCGUUCCGACCCGGCUGAGCACCUCCGCACCACCAUCGAGCACGCCAAGGCCGCCAACAGGCUGACGGUGGAACUGCAGUGGCGAGGCAGUGCUAACAACCUGCCGUCGCCGCAGUCAGAUGCCGGCGGAGAGAACCAGCCAGACGACCGGCUGGCCAAGAAGCUUCAGCAGCUGGUCACAGAGAAUCCUGGGAAGUCCAUCUCGGUCUUCAUCAACCCAGACGACGUCACACGACCGCACUUCCGCAUCGACGACAAGUUCUUCUGAGACGGAGAAACAUUCUCCCAGACCUCUUCCUCCUCUGUCUCUCUGCCUUCCUCCUCCUCGCCUGGUGCCCUGCCUCCUCUGAAACUUUAUUUUUUACAUUUUUUAUGUUUCUCUGCCACAGAGUGAAGUGAGGUGAUCGUCUAGUAGUGUCUGCCACAAUUUUUUAAUUUUUUAAUUUUUAUUUUUCUAUUCCCCUUCCCCUCUUCCCUCCUCUUUCACUGUGUGCCCUGUGUUUUUUACCUGCUGAAUGCCUUUUAAAUAGACAGCUGAAUAGCAGCAGGUUGUUUUUAAAGAUGAAGGACGAGGCGAUAAUCCACCUUUACGACGGAACUGCUGUUCCAAUGUUUCGGUUGUUUAAUUAUCAGGGAUCCUGGAAAUGAGACGAAACCAACAACUCCUGAAAACGUCACAGAUGCAUGAUUAAAGUAAACUUCGCUGAUCAAGUUACAGGUCAGACAUGAAGCCUGUUUAUCAGGUAACAUGAAGGUGACGUUUUCACUUUAUAAUAUGUAGCCAGUCAUUGCCAUGAAAACUCAGAUUACAUAUUAUGUGAAGCUGGAGCUGAUAAAAGACAUGCAAAAAUACUCAGUAGAAGAUUAAAUGUUCGAGCAAAGUUGUUACAAACUUUUGAUCGCAGAAAUUCAGUUUCAUAUCUUAUAAUUUUGAUUUUCUCACUAUGGAAGCUCAUCAUGCGACCCUGUGUCACAUGAUGAGGACAUUAGAUUUUGGGUUUGCUGCACCUUACACUUCAUUCUGCUGAACUCGGACCUGUUGUUCUCGUUUGUGGACAUUUUUUGUGCCAUCUAAUGGUCGCAAAAGCACAAUACACUAAUCCAUGUAAAAACAAGAUGACAGUCAUCUCUGCCAAGUCAGUCUGCAGCCGAUCCCGACACAAAAGUGGACAAGGACCAAAAUGUGACCAGAUAUUACGGUUGAAACUAAUUCUGAUUAAUAAUGUACAAACAUGACCAAUUUUAGCAGCAGUACCAAGCUAAGGCAUUAGAAAGUACUCAUUUGAGGACAUUGGGGCUUUAUUGUAUCAUCGCAGCAUUUCACACAGGCUAAUCGGGUGUUACAGACCGUUCCUGCAGAUACAAAGGGCAUUCCUAGCUUGAAGAAUGGAGCGUAGAAAAUUUAUACAGAGUUACUAAAGGCUUAAAAAUAUGUUGCAUUCUUUGGACCCUGUGGAAACUGACGUUAUUAUUAUUUUUCUCUUAAAUGAAUCGUAUUUUUUAAGGAGCUUAAGGUGUUUGAAAACCUACGACACUUUGCACACUGAACACAGAACUGACUUAAAAAUUCAAUAUUUUAUGGGUCUCUUGUUAAAGUGUGACAAAAUGGCAAAAUACGUUUCACCUUCAUGUAUGAAAUUUGGUGUGCACGUGUAUCAUGUAAAGAUGUGCAAAAAAGUCACUUGGAGCCAGACCCCUAACCCAAUAGGAAGUCAGCCAUUUUGAAUUUACUGUUAAAUUUUGUGCAUUUUGGCCAUUUCCAGGGGGCUUAUUUUAAAGAUCUCCAAGAGAUUUGAUCUGAUCGACUUCAAAUUUUGUCUGCACCAGCUGAAGAUCUUCGACAUCAAAAGUUGUUAAAAGCUUGACUUUCCAUGAAACUGUGUGACCGUGGCGGGGCACCAAAUUUCCAUGUUUGACCAUGAAACAGUAAGUGGUUUGUAACUCCAAGGCAAGUGGUCCAAUCUGCCCCAAACUUCACAUGCCACCACCUGGCGACAGAAAAUAACAUGUUUUAUACUUGGAUGUACUUCUCCAAGCAGGUUGGCCAGGUCCACCUCAAAUUUCUUUUGAAAAGUCUCUAGAGCUUGAUGAUGCUUUCUGGUGAAAAUCGCGACUUUCCAUCACACGCCAUUGCCGUGGCGCGGCGGACAUUUUGCACUUUUCGCUAUAAAACAGGAAGUUGUUGUAACUUGAGCAUACAUUGUCCAGUCUGCUCCAGAUUUGUCAUGCCCAAUAAGAGACCUGGCCUCAUGACAUCUAUUUGCUGAAAAGGAGCUAUAGUCAUAGUGCCACCUACUGGCAACAGGAAUUGACAAGUUUGAUUCUUAGAUUUACUGAUAAACUGAGUGUACAGCCAAUCUGCCCCAAAUUUUACAUGUUUGAUAAGACUCUUGGCCUGAUGACAUUAACCUGAUAAAUAGGUGUUUUAGUCACUGAGUCACCUGCUGGCAACAGGAAGUAAGACUUAUAUGUAUGUGACUAUUACAAAUUAACCCAUUGUCCCCAUAUAAGGACUUUUUUUUCAAAAACUACUGUCUGUUCAAACACAGCACUUAGUUUUUUAUUUGCAUCAGGACUUCAUAAUCACACAUAGCUCGGAGAAAUUAAAAAUGCAUACCAAACAAAAGCUCGACUCCCAGGGGGUCAAAAACUUUGCUUUUCCUCACAUGAUUAUAACUUAUGUGAUAAUUGCUUUAAGAAAUAAAUUAGGAGGCUUUCUUAUAAGAUACAUUGUAUCAUGAAGUAUUGUCCCAUAUGCAAGCCCAUUAUUGUUGUUUUAAUACCCGGCCAGAUUGAUGAGAAAGGUUCCCUCAAAAUUAAAUAUCUCUGAUGACUCUCCGAGUAUCUCUGUCAUAAUUGUGCACCUGAUAUGAAGUCUUGACUACAAGAUGUGAUAAAAUAUUCUGUGCAAGCCCAUUAUUGUAAUCAUAAUAAUUCAGUAGACUCAUAUCAUAAUUUAUCUGUACUAAUUUCUCAUAAUUAAGUAAAGUAAAAACUCUUGUAGUAAUGAGAAGGUUUUUUAGAGUCAUGAGAGGUUGUCAUAAUAAAGGGCUAGUUUCUCAGAUACAGUCAGAAUUAGGAGAUUUUUAUAAAAAGAUUUAAAAUGGAAACGAGCUAAACGCUGAUCUUUUUUUGUUGUUUUGUUUUUUUACACAAAUUUAUAAAACGUCUGAAACUCACUUUGCUCUUUUACACUACACAAACGUCUUCAACGUCUCAGUGUCGAUCACGACUUCACACCAGACCUCGAACAGCAGCACGAUUGUUGAACAAGACUGUACUUCAUAAGAUUGUAUACACAUUCAGGAGUUGGGGAUGCCAAAUGGCACGUACAGGAGUCUCAGACCCAGGAGUAAAGACAGCAGAGUUCUGUCUGAAGGUGGAUUGUGUCCCUCUGAGGAAUGUCUUAGUCCUGCUGGGGGAUGACUGUACUAACGUCUUAGAAACUAACUGUAAAUAGAAGAAUACUGACUGAACACUGAUGUGUAGACAGAUAAACAGACUGACGAAGAUGAUGAUGAAGAUGAUAUGUGGACUACUUUUCGUCUAAUUUUGCACAGAAUGUAAAAAAACAAAUCACCACUUUUCCUCUCGAUGGUGGACGUCGUGUUCGUCCUGAUUGUGAAAUGAUGUAUCAUAUCAGUAGACAGGUGACACUGCUGAGGAACGGUCGUACUGCACGUUUUAAAUGUGUGUGUUAAAGCGGUGGAUCGGCACCACGUACACGAUGAUACUGCUGCAUUAUGACCAUCGUCAGGUAACGUGUCACAGAAUAUUCCUUUAGCCAUGAUAUCACUGGCAUCUUCUUUCCACUUCUUCCUGUCACUUUGUUAAGUUUUCGUUGUUUUGAUCCGACUUGAUCGUUUCAAUAAGCUUCACUGUGUCUGUACGUUCCACCUCAUGUUUUAUAACGAUUCCUCUUCAGCUGCUUUAUUUGUGUUUUUACUUUAAGUCAAGGGUUCGACUCCGCUUCAAUACAACCAGCUCAGGACAUGGAUUUUAUCCAGUCUGUCCAACACAUCCUCACUCCUACCUCGUCACAUGUCCACGUUUGGUCAUGGACUUUCCACCUCCACAUACGCCGUGAAAGCCUGUUCUGCCUGUUACAACCAGCAACCACUACCACCAGUUUCUCCUCUAUUAUUUAACAACCAUAAACUUGUUGUCACACAAGAUAACUUGUUUGCAACCAGGAAUCUCGACAGUUAACCUUUGAGAAUAUUAUAUGUUUUUUUAAAUAGUUGUAUAUGUCAGUCUGUAUGUCAGUUUUUCCACCCAGGUCUGGUGGGAGCUUGCUAGCAGCGCAGCGAUUACCACAAGUAACGCCAUCUCAACCCAACAGCAUUGCUGUGGAAACAGUAUGGCCACCCUCCAGACUCCCUCUAGGUCGCCCCUGUGAGUAAGCAGCUCAAUUUUGAGCUGCAAACCCCCCUUUGGCAAGGUCAGUUAGCACUGUUAGUGUCAGCACGCCUUGUGGUGCCAAGACAAUUAGCAAUGCUAAAGUGGUUUUGCAGCUCAAAAUGAAGCCACUCUCCCACUGGGGGGGACCUGGGGGACCAGUGAAGGGUGGGCACAGUGUUUUUGCAGCAGUGCUUUCCUGGUUAGCAGAGGUAAUUGCCAAAUAAGCGGUGCUACAGGCUAGCUCCCACCUGACCGCAGAGCAAAACUGCAUUAAGGAAAAUUAAACGUAUUAUUGGCAUUAAACAGUUUUGGCUGCCUUGUGGCUUUGAGUGUGUUGAGGCAUCAUGGGAGUUGUAGUUGGUCCUGAGCUGGUUGAGUUGAAGGAGAGUCGCUCCCUGUUUUUGUUUUCUUUGUGUGUUUCAACCAUCUCAAACAUUUCCAGAAAAAUGCCAAAAACCCCUGCAGACAUCUGACCGGUAAUGUGAUCUCCAUCUCCUCAUCCUCAAGUGCAAUUAGUGAAAAUACACACACCACAGGUACACACACGUGCACACACAGACACACACACACACACAUUAUGUAGCAUUAAGACAAAAAGACACUAAAGUUCUGUUGAAACUGGUUUUAACGGCGACACACAUGGGACACUAAACCCUCCACUGAAUCCCACAAGAACACACACUUAUACACACACAUACACACACCAUCAAAGUGCCACACACACACUCCUGCUCGGUGGAAAUGUAAUCAAUGUGUUGUUCUUCUGAGCUCCAUGACCUUUGACCUUACUCCUGUCUCUUGUUUGUUCAGAACCUUUGGACUGUGAGUUUUAUUUUCUGUAUCUUUGCUGCUCUGCUUCGUUCUGAUGAUGGAUUUCUUUAUGCAAUGUUGACUUGGAUGGGUUAACCCUUCAGAUGGCAGCUCCUCCACCGUCUAUGAAGGUUCUCCACUAUAUUUCACUGUACAGUAGAAUCAUCAUAAAGUCUUUUAACCAGAA